UCCUACCCUUUUUGUUUUUUGAUAGAAUCCCAAUUCCCAUUUCCUUACGCAAUUUUACAAGUUUGCACAGAUAUUUGUUUUGAGCUUCAUUGUGGGACUUGUAUGCAAGUUUUACUAUUCCCACGCCUUCCGUCUCUCUUUCUCUCUCAUCGAUUACAUGGGCCACGUCUCGUAAGGUCAACUUGAUCGGCAUGUGAUAAACUUAGAUCUACAUAUAUAUUCUUUUCGAUCGCAUCUGAGAAAUUCGAGCUUUUCUCAAAUUUAAAGAUAAUUAAUUUGAAUAAUUUUAGGGUUUUGGGGGUCCUGGAGUUUGAGUUCUAGGGCUCUAAUUAAGUCAAGCUUUUAUUAGUUGUGGAAGUGAUGGAUGGCAAUAAGGAUGAAGCAUUAAAGUGUAUGAAUAUCGCAAAGGAAGCGAUUGCAUCUGGUAAUAGAGAGCGUGCUCUAAAAUUCAUUAGAAUUGCACAACGGCUUAAUCACACAUUGUCUGUGGAUGAUCUGAUCGCCGCUUGUGAAAAGAUCGAUUCGACGGGGCCUGGCCCUUCUGAGAAUGGAAAUCAUGUUGAUAGGAGCGGGGUUGGGGUUUCAUCGGCAGCUAAAACUGCUGAGGGUUCCAACGGAGAGCGGAAUUAUACUGAGGAACAUGUCAAAUUGAUCAAGCAGAUUAACAAACACAAGGAUUAUUACGCCACACUCGGGGUAGAGAAGACUUGUUCAGUGGAGGAGAUUAGAAAGGCUUAUAGGAAACUGUCUUUGAAGGUUCACCCUGAUAAGAAUAAAGCCCCCGGUGCAGAGGACGCCUUUAAGAAGGUUUGUAAGGCUUUUAAGUGCUUGAGUGAGGAGGAUUCAAGGAGGCAGUAUGAUCAAACUGGUCUUGUUGAUGACUUUGAGUAUAAUCAACAACAUAAUGUUCGAAGGCGCAGGCGGAGGACUAAUGACUUUUUUGAUGAUGAGUUUGACCCUGAUGAAAUUUUUAGGGCCUUUUUCGGCCAAUCAGACAUGUUUCGCACGGCUCAUGUCUAUAGAACUAGGGGAAUGGGCACUCAGCAAAGGACGGAUGGUAAUGGUGGAGGGCCUAAUCUCAUGGUGUUCCUACAACUGGUGCCGUUCUUGUUGAUCUUGUUGCUUGCGUAUUUGCCAUUUUCUGAGCCUGAGUACUCUCUACAAAGGAACUAUUCUUAUCAAUUUCCUCGAGUGACAGACAAAUAUGGGGUUGAGUUCUUUGUUAAGUCGCCAGACUUUGAUCGCAGUUAUCCUAUAGGAAGUGCAGGUCGAGAAAAUAUCGAGGAACAUGUUAUUCAGGACUAUAAAAACUUGCUUGGACGCUACUGCCACAUUGAACUUCAACGCCGCCAGUGGAGUCGUAAUCUCCCAACUCCGCACUGUGAUAAGCUCCAGAGUUUCUGAGUGGCUUAAGGCCAACCCUGGACAGACAUGGUGAAGUAGUAUAGACAGCAUUGCAUGAUUCAAGGGAAAGAAGCAGAAUUUUGGCUUGUAUACUGCACAAAAAAGGCUUUAGUUGGCUGAGGUGGUGCUGAUGAAUGUUCACCUAAUUCACUUUAGAGCCCUGCAUUUGUUUUUGAUGGUGGCUACGAAUGUUUUUGGCGCCUAGUUUAUGCUAGGAAACUCUCUUUUACUUGUCUCAUUUUAACCCGAUUCUAUGAGAUGUCACCUAUAUAGAUAUAUCUUGUAAUUGUUUUUGCUUUUACUAGUGUGCAGCGUCAGGUUAAUAGUACACUUUCCUGGCCUAACACAGGAUCAUUAUGAUUAUAGGUGGACUAAGCAAUAAUUUGACCAGUGCAGCCUGUGCAGGUACUGUAAAUCAUCGAAAUAUUUGAAUGGCAUUUGCUCGUCAUUCUUGAAGAAAUGCUCAUAUAUUGGAGUUA